AUGAAGGGAAGAAGAGGCCUCACUGAAGGCCUGCGCGUCGUUAGCCUCGAAUAUGGACAUGGCUUCGAAAGAUACGGUGCAUAUGAGAGCCCUGAUUCAGGCUGGGACGUGAAGGUCGACGGCCGCAACCAAGUAGCUGGGAGACGGCGGGAUCUUCCCAAGUCCCUGUUAUUGGCAGAACUCGCAGUGGGAAUUACAUCCAAAGGCGCACCAGACGUCCAAUACGAGAAGAAGCAGAGUAUGUGUACCGACCAACAAAAGCCCGCCGGAUGUCCGCGCGGCGCAGGAUGCAGAUACGAUCACGAUAUCCUGGACAGCAGGCGACUCGAAGCUCUCGCUUGGAAGCGCCGGGGCCCAGCUCCUGUCUUUGAAACUCGCGACUAUCUUGCUCUGGAGUGUCAUCUCAAUGCCCAAUCCGACUCGUCAGUGACUUGGAAAAUCUUGUUGAAGCCAGACGCGUUCAGGGGGGUCAAAGUGGGCGACCCACUGAGGGCAAACUUCUCAUCAGGUCAACUUUUGGUGGCAGGAGGUGAUUUGUUUGAAUUGAUUCAUCAUCUGGAAAAGGUACUCGCGGACGAAGGGAAUUCGGAGGCGUGGUGA